AUGUCUUCAGCGGUUCAUUCAACUAAAGAGUACCUUGAAAAAAACGAUAUGGAUAUUAGAAGCCUGUCAUCCUCUCACCGUCAUCCUCAAGAUGCACCUUAUGUUCACAAGGUUGGACUUCCUCCUAAGCAAAACCUCUUCAAGGAGUUCAAAGAAACUGUGAAAGAGACAUUCUUUGCAGAUGAUCCUCUACGCUCCUUUAAGGACCAACCAAGGUCUAAAAUGUUCGUUCUAGGUCUCCAAGCUAUCUUCCCUAUUUUUGAAUGGGGAAGAAGUUACAAUUUUGCAAAAUUUAGAGGUGAUCUCAUCGCUGGGCUGACCAUUGCUAGUCUUUGCAUUCCACAGGAUAUUGGGUAUGCAAAGCUUGCAAAUUUGGAUCCCCAGUAUGGAUUGUACUCCAGCUUUGUUCCACCUUUGAUAUACGCCUUCAUGGGUAGCUCAAGAGACAUAGCAAUAGGACCAGUGGCUGUGGUGUCUCUCUUGUUGGGGACUCUGCUUCAGAAUGAAAUUGGUGAUCCUGUAGGUAAUGCAGCAGAAUAUCGGAGGCUGGCAUUUACAGCUACAUUUUUUGCUGGAAUCACCCAAGUAACCCUUGGGGUUUUCAGGUUGGGAUUCUUAAUUGACUUUCUAUCACAUGCUGCUAUUGUUGGUUUCAUGGGUGGAGCUGCGAUCACAAUUGCCCUCCAACAGCUUAAAGGUUUUCUUGGAAUAAAAAAAUUUACAAAGAAUACUGAUAUUAUUUCUGUAAUGCACUCAGUAUUUGCUGCAGCUCAUCAUGGAUGGAACUGGCAAACUAUUGCUAUUGGUGUGAGCUUUUUAUCCUUCCUGCUUUUUGCCAAGUACAUUGGAAAGAAGAACAAGAAAUUAUUCUGGGUGCCAGCAAUUGGUCCUUUGAUAUCUGUGAUCCUGUCAACAUUUUUUGUGUAUAUAACCCGUGCUGAUAAAGACGGAGUUCAAAUUGUGAAACACAUAGACAAAGGAAUAAAUCCCUCCUCUGUGAAUCAAAUAUAUUUCAGUGGUGACUAUUUGCUAAAAGGUGUUAGGAUUGGUAUUGUGGCUGGGAUGAUUGCUUUGACGGAAGCCGUAGCAAUUGGAAGAACAUUUGCUUCCAUGAAGGACUAUCAGCUUGAUGGAAACAAAGAAAUGGUCGCACUAGGAGCUAUGAAUGUUGUUGGUUCAAUGACUUCUUGCUAUGUGGCAACAGGUUCAUUCUCUCGAUCAGCUGUGAAUUACAUGGCUGGCUGCCAAACUGCAGUCUCCAACAUUGUUAUGUCGAUUGUUGUAUUUUUGACCUUACAAUUCAUCACACCUCUUUUCAAGUACACCCCAAAUGCCAUUCUCGCAGCCAUCAUUAUAUCAGCUGUGAUCGGCCUAAUUGAUUUUGAUGCCGCAUAUUUGAUAUUUAAGAUUGAUAAAUUUGAUUUUAUUGCGUGCAUGGGAGCAUUCUUUGGUGUUGUUUUUGCUUCCGUCGAGAUUGGCCUCUUGAUUGCGGUCUCGAUAUCCUUUGCCAAAAUUCUCUUACAAGUUACAAGGCCCCGAACUGCAAUUCUCGGAAAUCUACCAAGGACAACUGUAUACAGAAACAUUCUACAAUAUCCUGAAGCAACUAAGGUUCCUGGUGUUUUGAUUGUGAGAGUUGAUUCUGCAAUUUACUUUUCUAACUCCAAUUACGUUAAAGAAAGGAUAUUGAGAUGGUUGAUAGAUGAGGAAGAAAUAGUAAACGAAUCAGGCAAACCAAAAAUCCAGUUUUUGAUAGUGGAGAUGUCACCCGUUACCGACAUUGACACCAGUGGUAUCCAUGCCAUGGAAGAGUUAUACAGGAGUCUCCAGAAAAGAGAGAUUCAGCUUAUCCUAGCAAACCCCGGAACAGUCGUGAUCGAUAAGCUCCAUGCCUCCGAUUUUGCCCAAUUGAUUGGAGAGGACAAAAUCUUCCUUACGGUUGCUAAUGCUGUGGCAGCAUGUUCUCCAAAAUUGGUGGAAGAAGCUUGA